AUGGAUCUGGAGGAGACAUACAAAGAAGGAGAGAAUACAGAGGGGAAAAUGACUCGAGCUGCAGCUGCAAAGUUGGUGAAAAAGGCUUUUCUCGAAGCCCUGAAGUCCAAUGACUUUGAAACACUAGAAGAGCUCUUGAGCCAAAAGAAAAUAGAUGUGGACACGGUGUUUGAAGUAGAAGAUGAAAACCUGAUUCUGGCAUCCUACAAACAAGGGUACUGGCUGCCUAGCUACAAAUUAAAAAUAUCCUGGGCAACUGGACUGCAUCUUGCUGUCAUGUAUGGACAUCUGGAGAGUCUUUCGGUCCUGCUCAAUCACAAAGCUACAAUCAACUGCCGGCCCAAUGGAAAAGCUGCAAUCCAUGUAGCAUGUGAAAUGGCAAAUGUUGAGUGUCUCAAGAUCCUUUGCAACCAUGGAGCUAAGCUGAACUGCUUUUCAAUGAGUGGGCAGGCGCCCUUACACUUCUGUACAACACGAACCUCCAUGCCUUGUGCCCAGCAGCUGGUUUCGAGAGGUAAGCAACAGAAUAAUAAUACUUUACAAGCCACCCUUCAUCCCAAGGCACUAGAUAAACUCGAAUCUCUGUAUGAGCUAACCAUCAAGACUCCAAACAAAAUGGGAAAG